UCAUCAUCAUCAGCGUUAUCAUCUUACAAGUUGUUGAAUUUAUAUAUAUAUAUGAUCCAAUCCUCUGCCAUGGCUUCCCAUAUUUGCAGAGGGAGAAACAGAGCAGAGGUUAAAUCGUUUCCAUGGAAGAUUUGAAGCCGAACCCUGCUAAUUCCUCUCCCCUUACGCCGAUCGGCUUCCUUGAGAGAGCCGCCGUCGUCUACGGCGAUUGUCCUUCCAUUAUCUAUAACUCCACCACCUAUACCUGGACGGAAACUCACCGUCGAUGUCUGCAACUCGCCUCUUCCCUCGUAUCCAUCGGAAUCCAGAGAGGCCAAGUCGUCUCCGUCGUCUCUCCCAACACUGCUGCCAUGUAUGAACUCCAUUUCGCUGUUCCGAUGGCCGGUGCCGUCCUCAACACCAUCAAUCUCCGCCUCGAUGCUCGAACCAUCUCCGUCAUCCUUCGCCACUGCGAAACGAAUCUGAUCUUCGUCGAUCAAGCUUCUUGUGGAUUAAUCUCCGAUGCCUUGGCCUUGUUCCCGCCGGAGAUGAAACGGCCGCCGCUAAUCCUCAUCGCCGACAACGCUGCGGCGGAGGAUUCGUCAUCGGCAUCCUCUGUUUGGAAUCGCGCUGAUUUUGUCGAUUCGUAUGAGGAAAUGGUUCAGAAAGGGGAUCCUCUGUUCCAGUGGAUUAGGCCGGCGAGCGAGUGGGAUCCGAUUGUUUUGAACUAUACUUCUGGAACGACGUCGUCGCCGAAGGGAGUGGUUCACUGUCACAGAGGAAUUUUCACGGUGACGCUCGAUUCGCUUAUUGAAUGGGGAGUUCCUAAGGAAUCGGUUUAUUUAUGGACGUUACCGAUGUUCCACGCUAAUGGAUGGAGUUUUCCAUGGGGAAUCGCCGCCGUAGGCGGCACAAAUGUGUGUAUACGAAAAUUCGACGCGGCGGCGAUUUUUGCCCUAAUUCAUCGCUAUCACGUGACGCACUUGUGCGGAGCUCCGGUGGUACUCAAUAUGCUAACAAACUCCCCUGACAAUCGGCCACUUGAUCGACCAGUCAAGAUUCUCACCGCUGGAGCGCCGCCGCCUGCAGCAGUUCUGUUUCGAACCGAAUCGUUAGGGUUCGAUGUCAGUCAUGGAUAUGGACUGACGGAGACUGGUGGACUGGUUAUUUGCUGCUCGUGGAAGUCAGGAUGGAACCGACUACCGGCGGCGGAGCGGGCGCGGUUGAAGGCGCGGCAGGGGGUGCGGACGUUGGCGAUGGCGGUGGCUGACGUGUUGGAUCCAGAGACCGGAAAGAGCGUGAAAAGAGACGGAACUUCAAUCGGAGAGAUCGUUCUGAGAGGUUCAUCGAUGAUGCUAGGGUAUUUGAAAGAUCCAGAAGCGACGGCGAAAGCGAUGACCGCCGAGGGAUGGUUCUUCACCGGAGACGUUGGGGUUAUGCAUCCGGACGGGUAUUUGGAGAUCAAGGACCGAUCGAAGGAUGUGAUUAUAAGCGGCGGAGAGAAUUUGAGCAGCGUGGAGGUGGAAUCAGUUCUGUACACAAAUCCGGCGGUGAACGAGGCGGCAGUGGUAGCCCGUCCGGACGAGUUUUGGGGAGAGACGCCGUGUGCAUUUGUGAGCUUAAAGGAAGGAUUGACUCGGCGUCCGACGGAGGGGGAAAUCAUUGAGUAUUGCAGAGGAAAGCUCCCGCGGUUCAUGGUGCCAAAGACGGUGGUGUUCACGGCGGAGCUGCCGAAGACAUCGACCGGAAAGAUCCAGAAAUUCGUCCUCAGAGAAAUGGCCAAGUCAAUGGGCCCAGCCGGGAAGAGCCGUUUGUAGAAGAAACUCAUUGGUCCACGUGGGCAUUAAUAUAAUAAACACUCUAUUUUGUUCCUAAAACAUUGGAAUCGGUAACCG